AUGGGUGCAUUUAGACUAAUUAGUAUAAUUUCAUAUCGGAGAACCAUUAUAGCAUUGAGUUCUCCGGCUGCCCAAGUCAGCGUAACUUCUCAGCUACUUCGGAUAAGAAGUUUCACUUCCCAGAUUGCACCUCAAGAAGAGAAAGAUGGGCCUUCCUUCCCGGUGUCUUAUCUAAUGAACUCACUUGGGUUCUCAGCAGACGGCGCCAAAUAUUCAUCCAGGUAUUUGAAUUUCCAGACGGCGGAGAAACCUGAUGCGGUUGUUAAUCUGCUGAGAAGUCAUGGAUUCUCUAGUACCCAAAUCGCCAAAUGCAUUAAGGGCUUCCCCAGAGUACUUGUGCUGCAUCCGGAGAGGAUACUUCGUCCCAAACUUGACUUUCUUCUCUCUCUUGGGAUUCCUUCCCCCGAGCUCAACAAGGUCGUCUCUUCAAAUCCAUAUCUGUUGAUUAUGAGCUUAGAGAAAUGCCUGAUUCCUCGGUGUAAUUUCCUCAAGGAAGUCCUGGCUCGUGACGAUGAAGUCGUGAGAUUCCUGAAGCGCUCUCAGAGGUGCUUUGUUGGCACUAUACAGAACACCGUUGUUCGCAAUCUAGCACUUCUUAGGAAUCUUGGAGUGAGCAAGAAUGCCAUCGCUUACUUAGUGUCCCACUUCCCUCAUGUGGCUUUCAAGGUUCACUCUGAUUUUGCCAAAAGAGUUGAGCUCGCCAAGGAAUUUGGAUGCGAUCCACUGAAGUGGAACUUUGUUAGUGCAAUUAGAGUGUUUUCCAGUGUGAAGAAAUCGAGCUGGGAGAAGAGAUUACAGGUGUAUGGGAGGUGGGGGUGGUCAAAGGAUUUGAUUAUGUUGGCUUUCAAGAUAUUUCCUCAGUGUAUGUGCAAUUCGGACGAGAAGAUCAUGCAGACAAUGGACUUCCUUGUGAACAAACUCGGUUGGGAACCGGAGGCUGCUGCUAGGUUCCCAAAUAUCUUCAGUUUAAGCUUCGAGAAGAGGGUUGUUCCUAGGUGUUCCGUCCUGCAGCUUUUGAGGCUGAGAGGGUUGAUAGAUGAUAUGCCUUGCUUAGGUACUUUCUUGUGUCCUACAGAGAAUCGGUUUAAGGAAAAGUUUGUGGUCGAAUAUCCGGAUGAUAUCCAGGCUGAACUGUUGGAUCUGUAUGAAGGACGAGUGAAAGUCGUUGAUUUUCGCACUAUGGCUGUCGAAGAUGUCAAAUCAAGAUCCUAG